AUAAAACUCAAACAGCAAGUGCAGACCGGGGUUUUACAUCUUCCAUGCUCAGACUUGUGACAGCAGCACAUUGGCAGGGGAGAAACCUGGAGGCUAUCCCCAGGGUACCUGAGACCUCCAAGAAGAGGGAGAUAAAUGAGGCCGUUGCUCUGUAAUCUCACGGGGACAAAGACAAGGUGACUCACUGCUCAGAAGGAAACUUUGGAUGAGGUUUCUCGCCUGCCACUGUCGUGCCCUGCCACCCUGGGUAAUUCUAGCACGAAACCAAGGGCCAGCCAAGCCACAUGUGACAAAAGAAGACAGACAUGGCCAUGGAGCAAGCUGAACAUAACCCAAAUGCUACCGUCAACUUCAACUUUGCUGCAAUCUACAACCUCCAUGAUGGGGAUUUAACCUCCUUGCGGAACUUCUCCUUCCCUUUCAAUUUCAGUUACAGCGAUUAUGACUUGCCACUGGACAGUGAAGACGACAUGACCAAAACCCGCACCUUCUUUGCAGCCAAGAUUGUGAUUGGGGUGGCUCUGGUUGGCAUCAUGCUGGUCUGUGGCAUUGGUAACUUCAUCUUCAUUGCUGCUCUCGCCCGCUACAAGAAGCUGCGAAACCUCACCAACCUGCUGAUUGCCAACCUGGCCAUCUCAGACUUCAUUGUGGCCAUCGUGUGCUGCCCCUUCGAGAUGGACUACUACGUGGUGCGACAGCUGUCCUGGGAGCACGGCCACGUCCUCUGUGCCUCAGUCAACUACCUACGCACCGUCUCCCUCUAUGUUUCUACCAAUGCUCUCCUGGCUAUAGCUGUUGACAGGUAUCUGGCCAUUGUUCACCCACUGAAACCACGCAUGAAUUAUCAAACAGCAACCUUCCUAAUUGCUUUGGUCUGGAUUGUCUCCAUACUUGUAGCUAUCCCAUCUGCAUACUUUGCUACUGAAACGGUGUUAUUUAUAGUGAAAAACCAGGAGAAAAUUUUCUGUGGUCAAAUCUGGCCAGUUGACCAGCAGAUGUACUACAAAUCAUACUUCCUCUUCAUCUUUGGCAUUGAAUUUGUCGCACCUGUGAUUACGAUGACCUUGUGUUAUGCCAGGAUCUCUCGGGAGCUUUGGUUUAAAACUGUACCAGGAUUUCAGACGGAACAGAUCAGAAAGAGGCUUCGAUGCAGAAGAAAAACUGUUAUGGUACUGAUGUGCAUCCUGACUGCCUAUGUUCUCUGCUGGGCACCUUUCUAUGGCUUCACAAUUGUCCGUGACUUUUUCCCCACCAUCUUUGUGAAAGAGAAGCAUUAUCUCACUGCUUUUUACAUAGUUGAAUGCAUUGCUAUGAGUAACAGCAUGAUAAACACCAUGUGUUUUGUAACUGUAAAAAAUAACACCAUGAAGUAUUUCAAGAAGAUCAUGUUGCUCAGAUGGAGAUCAACAUAUAAUGGAAGCAAAUCUAGCACAGAUAUAGACCUGAGAACAAGUGCAAUGCCAGUCACAGAAGAGGUAGACUGCAUAAAACUGAAAUAAAUCUUCUGCGUUCUAAUCUCCCAUAUUUUGGAGAGGGGGUACAGAGGAAAUAAUGCCUCCUCAGAAGCUUCUCCCUUGUCUGUGGGAAUACCCACUAUUGCUGAGAGCCCUCGAAAAGCAGCCUGCUUCCACCAGAACUCUUUUCACUGGACUGCUGUAUAAUCCCAUAACUCUGACUGAUGUUGUGCUUCAGUUCACCCAUCUGUAAAUUCGGGAUGUAGACUCUCAUUUUAGAGUUUAAAAUUUCAGGUGAACAAAAAAGUCUAUGAAUGCAUUAAAGCAUAUUACAAUGAUGGAAGAGUUGAUUGCUGAUCCUAGCAAUGAUGCCUCUGUUUCUUCUUAAAAGAAAUCUUGUAACUCCUUUGAGCUUAUCAUUCAUACCUUUAAGCUAUUUGGUGUCCUCUUCCUUCUGCUCACAAGUAGAAGGAUGGCAAAAAAGCCCAUUUUGCUUCAUGUCACUCUUUAUCCUGUUAACCCCUCAUGAUGAAGCUCCUUGAAGUCUACAGACCACCAGCUUUCUAUUGUCCAAUGUGCAGCAUGCUCCUACGAAAGGCACAUUCUCUACAAAGCUAAAUACUGCUUCACAGUAUAGUGAAAACCUCAAGUCUCUUCCUGUGACACCUUGUUUAAGAACAUUUUAUCUACAUUUCACUCUGUAGUUUUAUGUAGAGUGUUACUCUGUUUAUUAUGUAUUUGGAAAUGGCACAGUUAAAUAUUGAAGGGACCUGUUUCCUUCUCUCACCUCCAGGCACUCUAUAGCCAGCUUCUUCUGCCUUGAGUCACUGAGCUCUUCACAGAAUCAGUCACAAAAUCAUAGUGGUGGGGAACAUCUCCAGAUUGUCUAGUCCACUCCUCUGCUCAAGCAGGGUCAGCUAGAACAGGUUCCCCAGCAUUGUGUCCUGUUGGGCUUUGACUGACGCCAGGGAUGGAGACUCCACAGCCUACCUGGACCACCUGUGCCAGUGUGCAACAGCCCACACAGUAAAAAAGUGUUUUCUUAUGUUCAGAUGGAAUAUCAUGUGUUUCAAGUUGUUUUUCAGUGGGAUCCAUAUAAAAGUAUAGCAUGUUAGUGGGGAAAAAAUCAACUCUGCUGAACCAGGCCUAGAUAUCUUAUAAAGUCUGUGUACACGUUCAAAAUAAAGUACAAGUAGGGCCAAAAUAGCAUAGAGAUCUCGAGACAGUCUGUCCUUCUGCAAGCAAUGGAGACAGACUCUAGGCUUCAGCAAGCCAGUCACUGGUUGAGUUGAGUAGUUCGUUGUCUGGUCGAACGUGAGGCAACAACUCAAGAUGAAUUCUGCAUUGCCUCCCCCAGUGCAGUUUUUACUACUCUGAUUUUGUGCAACUCCAGGACAGGUGUUUCUUAACUGAUAAUCGUAAUAAAGCAGGUGACAGUAGCAGUAAUACCUACUCAUUUAAACUACACAUAAGAUAUCAUGGACUUUGUGUAUUGAAAUGAAGUCUUUUCUAUUGUGAUGACAAAUGCUUCCUGUUUUAAAGUAUGUGGUACUGCCUACUUUUGGAGUAAAUGGCUUUUGUAAAUAAUUUGUCUAUUUGUGAAUUUAAAGUGAGCAGCAAAUCCUGCUAAUAAAACAAUAAACAUGGAGUCAA